AUGUCUGUUGUGUGGUUAGGCGCGGUGCUGCUGCCCGCCGGGUGCGCGCGCGCCGCCGCCGCUGCUGCUGGCUGCCGCCAGAGCGCGUCCGCCGCCCGCGCCGCCGCCGCCGCCGCCCGCGUGCCGCACAGCCGCGUCUCCUUCGAGGAGGGCGUGCGCACGCCCGUGCUGCAGUACGCGCACCCGGAGCUGGGCGUGCAGCCCGCCAAGGUGGCGCGCUCUCGCCUGGAGCUGGAGGAGGAGCCGACCGCCCGCACGACGAGCGUCGCACCGCUGACGCCCGCCGCCGCCCCCGCCGCCGCCCCGCCCCGCCGACCGCCGCUCGCACCUGCGCCCCCGCGCGCCCCCGUCCGCCCUCCUGCAGAAGCAGCUGGCCGCGCCGCCGCCCUCCGACACGAACAGCUCAUCCGCAGACAG